CGAAAGCGGACUAAGACGAGAGAAACCCGUUGUUUUAACGUCACAGCGUUGCCGUCGUUGUUGUUGUCGUCGUUGCCGUCGAGUCAAAUCAGACGAAUCGAAUCGAACCGAAGCCAAAAGGGAGAAGAAGUCGCAAGAGGCAAAAAGAAAAAAGAAAGAAAAACAGAAAAGUUAGAGAGAAGUCUCUUGCAUCCAGAGAAGUUGCAGUGCGAAGCGGUAGCCAGUUAGUCGAGUUAUUCAGCUCUUUUUGGAAAAGAAUAAGCCAUCGAGAAGAAGAUUUCUUCGGUGGUCCGUGAUUGCCUGUACGAAAAAUAAAUCAUUGUUAUCCCGGUGAUCCAUCGACUUCGUUCGAUCAGACGGCAGUGAAAAGCUCCAGGCGUCGAGUAGCCGAUCUUUGGGCUUGAAGAGUUUUCAUUACGAAGAACGACACGGCGAAUAUGAUGGCUGUCGCAGCAGCGCAGAAGAACCGCGAAAUGUUUGCUAUCAAGAAGUCUUACAGUAUCGAGAACGGUUAUCCAGCGAGACGGCGAUCUCUCGUGGACGAUGCUCGCUUUGAAACUUUAGUUGUCAAGCAAACGAAGCAGAGCGUUCUUGAAGAAGCGCGUCAACGAGCAAAUGGCGAAGAGACUAUCUGCCCAGAUACGGAACGUUACGCUUCGUCGAGCGACGAUGAACAGGGGGAAACAUUGGCUUGUGCUGCUAAGGACGGAGAAGCCAAAGCUGAGGUUUCGUCGGACAGCGAUAUUGGCAAACCAGAGGAUUACGACAAUGACGUUGGAUUAACAGAAGAGGAAGUGGUACUCGCGAAGACGAUAGCGGAAUGCCCCGAAAGCGAGCACACCGUGCAAAGGGCAGCGCUUGUUUUGCGUUUGAGAGAAGGCAUAGGCUCCUUGGCCAGGAUCCUCAAGACGAUCGAGAAUUUCAAGGGAACGGUGACCCACGUUGAGACACGACCAUCGAAGAAGGAAGGACUGCAAUUCGAUGUUCUCGUGAAGAUCGACAUGACCAGGCAGUGUUUGCUGCAAUUAAUCAGGAACCUUCGUCAGAGUUCCGCGUUAGACGGCGUUACUCUGCUCGGGGAUAAUUCUGUCAGCAUCAAAGAUCCCUGGUUCCCGAGACACGCGUCCGAGCUCGACAACUGCAAUCACUUGAUGACCAAAUACGAACCUGAUCUUGACAUGAACCAUCCUGGAUUCGCUGACAAGGAGUAUCGUGCUCGCAGGAAGGUCAUCGCGGAGAUCGCUUUCGCGUACAAGUAUGGUGACCCUAUACCUAACAUUCCUUAUACCGAAACGGAGAACGAGACCUGGUCGCGUGUGUUCAACACGAUCGUCGACCUGGUACCGAAACACGCUUGCGUGGAAUAUCGAAGAACCUUCAGGAAGCUGCAAGAAGAAAAGAUCUUCGAAUCGCAUCGCAUACCUCAGCUGCAGGAAGUCAGCGAAUUCUUGAAGAAGAACACUGGAUUCACUUUGAGACCUGCGGCUGGAUUGCUCACGGCUAGGGACUUUUUAUCCAGCCUUGCAUUCAGGGUCUUCCAGAGCACUCAAUACAUUCGUCAUAUCAAGACUCCUUACCACACACCGGAACCAGAUUGCAUCCACGAGCUUUUGGGUCAUAUGCCGUUGCUAGCCGAUCCAAGCUUCGCUCAAUUCUCUCAGGAAAUCGGACUUGCCUCGCUUGGAGCCUCUGACGAAGAAAUCGAAAAAUUAUCCACGAUUUACUGGUUCACCGUUGAAUUUGGUCUUUGCAAGGAAGGUUCCGAGGUGAAAGCUUACGGCGCUGGUCUUCUGUCUGCCUACGGAGAACUUCUUCACGCAUUGAGCGACAAAUGCGAGCACAGAUCCUUCGAUCCAAAGACCACCGCCGUUCAGAAGUAUCAAGAUCAAGAAUAUCAACCGAUCUAUUACGUGGCGGAAAGCUUCGAGGACGCCAAAGAGAAAUUCCGUCGUUGGGUGUCCACCAUGAGCCGACCCUUCGAAGUGAGGUACGAUCCGCACACGCAACGCGUCGAAGUGCUGGACAGCGUGGAUAGGUUGGAAAAUUUGGUGUCUCAGCUGAACACGGAAAUGACCCAUCUCACGAACGCUAUCAACAAGCUGAAGAAAUCCUUCGCGUAAAGACGAAGGGGUCUAUGCCCGUGUAACAGGAUACGAUUAUUUCGCGAAUCAUCGAGCUUCUCUCAAUAUUUCACUGUCUGUUUUUUUUCUUUUCCUUUUUUUUUCUUUGUUUUUUUUUUUUUUUUUUUGAGAAAGUCGCAGCCUUCCAGCCAGUUGGAAAUUUGCUCGUUCAAGUUGCGAAUCCUAUUCUCGUUGUUGAGAAUCGUUUCAAACGGAAUGUACAUAAAAGUGUCGUAAUUUCUCUUUGUCUUUUUUCUUUUCGUUUCUAUUGGAAGGACGUCGAGAUCUCAUUGACCUGGUGGUCUACGUCACGUCAUUCGCAUCAUUGUUCGUCGUUUGCAUUAAAUCGUUCUCACUCUAUGUAUAAAGUCGUCCAUCCGCGUAGUUGAAUACACGUGCGCGUAUCCAGGUCGUUCGAAGCGUGGACUCGGUAUUUAUGCACUCGUCGAUCAAACGGAUCACUCGUGUCUUACGUAACGCGAGUAGUUCGAUAAUCUUGUCGCGCCUCUCGUCUUAUUUAUCGAAUUCGCGUUCUACGUCGUUCACGGGCCUAACGUUCUUACAAAAAAGUAUUAUAAGCGGAUCUCUGUGUUUGUCAAAAAACGGACCGAAUUUGAUACGCUUUGAACGUUCCACGCGUACACAUUUCGUUAUACGUUAUUCCUUAUUUCGUUCCGAUACACGUAUUGUAUUCUAUUGUAUUGUAUUUUACUCUACUGUAUUACAAAUUAUUAUUAUUAUUAUUAUUAAUUAUUAUAUUAGUCGUAGAGUGUUGCGUUGUCGCGUUUGAAUUUGCUUCCUUCACCGCGACGGUACAUGAUCAACGUGUCGUCGUCACUUGGAUCAACUUUAUUUCGAGACGACCAGUAUUAUAAAGCAACGUAGAUUCUUUAUUUUAGAUAGAGUUAUUAACGAACAUGUACCACAUCUUGGGAAACAUGCUUGUUCUCUACCGAUAAACAGUUAACGAUCCUUCGUAUCGGAUCCUAUAGAUUCAACGCGAAACCUUAGUUAAUACGAUAGGUUCGAGGAUUUCUUUUAUUUUUGCAGUUGCAGGUUUCGAGAACAGAAAAACCAGAGAAUAGCAUCGUUUCUCGAGAAACUAGUUACUAUUCACGAACACAACUUCAAUAACGAAGUCACGGAUCAGUGUUGCAUUAGAGACGCACUAUGUAGCGUGUAGUGCGAGCACUUGCUUGCGCACCUUGCACAGUUUCCCGUCGCUAACUCGUACCAAAUACUUUUCCGCGUUCGUAUCGAUGCGCACGUCACUCUCGCGCUUGCUAAGCUGUAGAAAACUAUUGGCGUGUCCGCUAGAUUUCCUUUGUAUUAUAUUGUAAAGUAUUCAGAGCAUAAUAAAAGUAUAAAAUACGAA